CCGAUCCCAGCGGCCUGAGCCUGCAGGGAGGGCAGGCACUUCCUUGGCUGGACGUCUGGACCAUGGACAGGGAUCUGAGUGCCGAAGACAGUGUGGCGGACCUCAGCUCCGAGGCCGAGAGUCCUCUGGCACCCCCGGCUGAACUCCUGGAGAGGCUGCCCAGCUGUGACUGGCUUCUUCAAGGGGACAGACGCCAGAUAUUCUUCCCGCCUUCGGAGGUCCCGGGGAGACCCCAGGAACAAAGGUGCUGGUCCUCAUUCCUGGAGCACAGAGUCCCCAUGGUGACAGAGGAGGUGGCCCGGGAAGCUCUGCUCAGCUUCGUGAACUCCAAGUGCUGCUAUGGUAGUGUGGCCACUGGCGACCUCAUCAUCCUGGAGCUGAAGCAGCAGGCCCUGUGCAGGUAUCGACUGGAAACCUUCAGCGAAUCCAGGAUAAGUGAAUGGACUUUUCAGCCCUUUACCAACCACACUGUGGACGGGCCACAAAGAGGGACCUCCCCCAGGCUUUGGGACAUCAAGGUCCAGGUUCCCCCGAUGUUUCAGGAAGAUACCAGGAAGUUCCAAGUCCCUCACUCAUCAUUGGUCAAGGAAUGCCACAAAUGCCAUGGGCGUGGGCGCUACAAGUGCAGCGGCUGCCACGGGGCCGGCACGGUGCGGUGCCCCUCAUGCAGCGGGGCCAGGCGCAAAGCCAGGCCCGCCCGGCGGUGUCAGAUGUGCUCAGGGUCCGGCAGGCGGAGAUGCAGCACAUGCUCGGGGAGGGGGAACAAGACCUGUGCCACCUGCAAGGGUGAGAAGAAGCUGCUGCACUUCAUCCAGCUGGUCAUCAUGUGGAAGAACAGUCUGUUUGAGUUUGUGUCUGAGCACCAGCUGGACUGCCCUAGGGAGCUGCUUGCUAAAGCCAGAGGAGAGACCCUCUUUAAGGAUGAAAGCACGAUGGUGUACCCCAUCGUCGACUUCCCCCUGCGGGAGAUCUCUCUGGCCUCGCAGCGGGGCAUCUCUGAGCACAGUGCCUCGCUGGCCUCCCGAGCCCGCGUCCUGCAGCAGCGCCAGACCAUUGAGCGGAUCCCCCUCACACAAGUCCGUUACUGGUACCAAGGAGCGACUUACGUCUACUACAUCUACGGCACCGACCGCCAGGUGCAUGCGGUGGAUUACCCCGCGCGGUGCUGCUGCGGCUGCACCAUCGUCUGACACCGCACAGCUGCCCCCCAGCCCGCCCCUCACAUCUGCCCAGGAGGACGGCCGCGGCUUCUGGGGGCACUCGCUGUUGGCUGCUGGGAACAGUCACACACAAACCCUGGGGUGUCCUUCCAGAGAAUUCAGCUCUUCUGUCAAGCCACACGUCCUUCUGGAGCCCCUCGGGUGGAAUCCAUCACGUGUUUAACCUACAAGAACUCAUCUACACACAUUGCUUUAGGAGAAAUCACGUAACCGGUGGGGGCUUGGCCUCUGGCCUCUAAACUGAAGCCCUGAUUAAAUGCGGGGUUGGUUUUGCUUUUCCCUGGGUCAGUCUCAGUUCUGGUGUGUCUCUGCUGAUGCGGGCCUUUUGUGGAGCUGAGUGAUUCUGAAAUGUUGAAAGAUGCACAGAAAUGAGCUGCCUCUUAUGCACACCGAGUAGUGCCCUUGGGCAAACACACACACAAUUUUACUUCUCGUUCUGUGAGUCAGGAACUCAGACGUAGCCACGGCGGGAUGGCUCACCUCUGUUCCGUGGUGUCUGGGGCCUCACCUGCAGGAUUUGAAGGCCUGGGUGGCUCAAGGGCAGGGGCACGGAAGUCAUCGGAAGGCUGGUUCACCCAGGUAUCUGGUGGUCAAGGUGACUGUCGGCUGGAACACCUACACGCGGCCUCCCCGUGCAGCGUGGGCGU